UUGUACUAGCACGUGUGUAUGUGUCAGAGCAGAGUUCAGCAAUCAGUAAAUACACACAGACGCACUCUCUGUGGAGUGUGGCGGAACAUGUGUGUGUAUGUGUGUGUAAAAAGCGCCAUGAGUUAAUUUUACAGGUUGUGUUGACUCAGACCGAGGAGUCAUGACAGCUAGCGGCUAGGCUAACAGAUCGAUCUCAGACGCUGUUUAGUGUUCCCAUGCAAUAAUGGCCGACGCGUUCAGCAGCAGCUCGGAAACGGUGCUCCAGCGAGUGGUGGAUGUCACAGUGAAGACAAAUACUCCUCCAGAGAAACUUGAGGAGUUGUAUCAGAUAAAGACAACCUGCGACUUUAUCAGUCAGCAUCAAUUUCAAAAGGUUGCUCUGCAGUUUCCUGAUGAGCUGUUGGUGGACUCCGUUACAGUUGCAGCAGAGAUUGAGAACCACAGUAAUGCAAAGACGUUCAUUUUAGGAGAUACAUCCUAUGGCAGCUGCUGUGUGGAUGAGGUGGCUGCAGAGCAUGUUGGAGCAGACUGCAUUGUGCACUAUGGCAGAGCCUGCCUGAGCGCCUCUAAAAGGCUGCCCCUGAUGUACGUGUUUGAGAGAAGACAGCUGGACAUUGAGAAGUGCGCCUCUGCCUUCAGGGAACUCUACCCUGACACACAGAGUCACAUCAUUAUCCUGUUUGAUGUGAACUAUGUUCAUGUGAUUGGUGACCUUCUGGAACUUCUGUCUCCGGAGUAUCCAAACCUCGUUGCCUCAGAUCUCGUUGUCGAAGGGGAGCAGUGUUUCAGUCACAGCCAGAUUAAAAGAAAACAUGGCAAUUGUCUGUCGGAACAAGACAACAGCCAGGUGAUUUGUCAAUUUGGGAGACAAUUCACCUUGAGCGGUGGUUCAAAUAUAACAGAUCAUAGUAUGUUCUACGUUGGCCAGGAAGGAGCAACGCUGCGUAACUUCAUGAUGACUUGGAAUCGCUGCUCAUUUUGUUCUUUUGACCCAGUAACUAUGAUGGGUAGGAAGGAGUCAGUUAGCAUCAACCGUGCGCUAAUGAAGCGCUAUUACGCUAUAGAAAGGGCCAAAGAUGCCAGUGUGGUCGGCAUCCUGGUUGGAACACUGGGGGUGGCCGACUACCUCACCAUCAUCCAGCAGCUGAAAGAGACCAUCGUCAGGGCUGGCAAGAAGAGCUACAUGUUUGCCAUGGGGAAACUGAACGUGCCCAAACUUGCAAACUUUUUGGAAAUUGACAUUUUUGUGUUAAUUGCUUGUCCGGAGAAUUCACUGUUGGACUCAGGUGAGUUCUAUAAACCUGUAGUGACACCGUUUGAGAUGGAGGUGGCGUGCAACAAGAACAGGGAGUGGUCAGAGGAAUAUGUCACGGACUUUCGACAUCUCAUACCAGGUGGACAGAGUCAUGUUCCUCUGGCUGAUCAGCAAGAGGAAGGCGAUGAGACGGACGUGUCUUUAAUCACAGGAGCUAUGCGGAGUCGCUGCGUGUUGAACAGUGAGCCUGCAGAGUCCUCACAUGGCUCCUCAGUGGUCCUCAGGAACCAGGCGCUAAUCGUAGCCAACAUAGAUUCUGCUGCAUCAUUUCUGGCAGGACGAAGCUGGCGUGGCUUAGAGCAGCAGUUGGGAGAGACCCCUGUGGUGAAGGCAGUAGAGGGCAGGAGAGGCAUAGCUAUUGCUUAUGAAGAGGAAGGAACGUCUUCAUGAUAAUUUAACUUUAUUCCACAAGCUCAUCGAUAGAUUAUUUAAUCAUCACUACCUGCAGCUACAAGUGUGCAGUAUAUGACUUGUACUCAUAGGAAUAUGUAAGUAAUUAAUAAACCAAUACAGGGAUCACCCUUUGUUAUUUAA